CAAGGCGGACGUGAGCCUCUGUCGUUGCUGCCAUUCAAAAUGUACGCGAUCACAUUGGCUUCACCACCCAAAGCGUCUUUUUGCCACUAACUGUCGCCGUUGCCAAAUCAACCCAAAACAAGAGAGUCGGGGCCGCAGCCGCUCGGCGGCUCACUCGCGGUUCCGCCUGGUUCGCUUUGAUGGACUACAUGUCGUUGGUGAGCGGAAGAGUGAGACAGCGAGACUGACGCCCAAGCGGAGAUGCACACUUGGCUAACCGCGAGCUAACUAGCCGAGGCUACUAGCUUAUCAGCUGCUGACGCAAACGCGCACGAGCGCGCACAAACACACAGCAAGUGCAAACUUUAACGCAGCUCGCUAAACCCAAUUUGUUUGAGACUGGCACGAACGACCAGAAGUUGGGUUCGUUUCGGCUCGACUUGUAGGGAUGGUUUCCACUCACCUUCCGGUGUACCCGAAUGAAGUCGGUCCAUGAAGCUGAUUGGUUUGAUUGAAUUUGGGAAGUCAAACAAAAUCCGGUGAUGGAACCCUGACCAGAACCCCUGAGCCCUGCAUUGGAUGUGAUGAUGCCACAGCAAGGCGCUCACAAGUGAAGCAGCUCUUGGGCAAGAAGUUGUCAUGGCGAGCCGUAGGAAAUCCAGCACGCCAUGUAUGCUGCCGCCGCACUCAGACGGGGACGAUGCGGACCGGUGCGUGAACGACGGCGUCUCGGAGCCGUCGUCGGGAGGCUAUGACUGCAAAGACUACAAAACGCUCCAAUUGUUUGCUGAGCACGUUGACUCGGAGCACCCCGACUUGGUCGCUGACACGUCGUACAUCUGCGUAGAGUGCCACUAUCACGCCAGGAGCUACAACGCACUCGCGACUCACUACGCGCACCAUCACCCGGGCCAGGACCAGUUCACAGACACGACGGCGGCCACGCACGGCGACGAACCGGCCUCGGGGCCUCACUCGCCGGAGAGGGAGGAAGACGUGUGGCGUGAAGACGACGUCGGCCCUCAUGACGGGUGGGAUGAAGACGCCCGUUGUAAAGGGAUUGCCCUCAGCAAGACACCCAUCAUGAGGAGCCGAGCUGAGCCCAAGAAGUUUACCGCCUCACACAAAAUGGCCACCGAACACAUCAUCAAGGUGGAGAGCGACGAUGAGAUGGACAAGUACAACCAUUCGCCCGCUCUGUCGCCCGGCCCCAUGGCCCCCGUGACCGCUGCGCCCUCGCUGCUUCCUGUAUUUGCACCACUGCAAAUCCAGGCGGGGCUGCCGCCACAGAAUUUGGUGGUCAACGGCCCCAGCGUGCUCCACGUCAAUGGCGGCACCCUGCCUGCUGGGACCCUGGCUCAGGUCCUAUCCGCGUUGCAAAAUCAGAGGCAGCUCCUUAUUCCGAUCAGCAGUAUCCCGUCCUACAACGUGGCCAUGGACAACAAUGUCCUCCUGCUGGGCACCUACAACAGGUUUCCCUACCCGUCGUCGUCAGAGAUUGCGGCGCUGGCAUCGCAGACCAAGUUUGGCGAGGAGAACGUCAAAGUAUGGUUCUCCGCCCAGAGGCUGAAACAUGGCGUCAGCUGGACCCCGGAAGAGGUGGAGGAGGCGCGCCGGAAUAAGUCCAACGGCACCGUCCAGACGCUCCAUCAAAGCCUCCCACAAACCAUCACGGUCAUCCCCGCCAACAUGGCCGCCAACAUCUUCCAGACGUGUCAGAUCGUGGGCCAGCCGGGCCUGGUCCUGGCACAGGUGGGCAGCGGCGAGGGCGCCAAACUCCCUGCGGUGGCCCCGCUUACGCUCACCGUCGCUCCCGCCACCCAACCCAAAAGUGCAGAAGCCACCCCUGCUGAGCCCCCUGCGGAAAAGGCAUCCACCAUUUUAGACUCUGCCUUCAAACCCAAAAAGUCCAAAGAGCAGCUAGCAGAACUGAAGGCCAGCUACGGCCGGCGGCGCUUCGCUACCGACGCAGAGAUUUCCCGCCUGAUGCGGGUCACUGGGCUGUCCAAGCGCGCCAUCAAGAAGUGGUUCAGCGACACGCGAUACAACCAGAGGAACUCCAGGGACCUGCGCCACGACAGCGUGGCAGGCCGGGUCGGCGCCAACACUGACAAAGGUGCCAACGAAGGUGCUGACAAAGGCGCUGACACCGACAAAGGCGCUGACACCGACAAAGGCGCCGACGCUGACAAAGGUGCCGCCGCCAUCGUCAUAGACUCCAGCGACGACACGGGCGACUCCCCGCCAACAGCCGACCAGGGCUCGCCCCGCGCCUCCAGGGACCGCCGCACCAAACUACGCCACGCCUUCCCGGACUUCACACCACAGAAGUUUAAGGAAAAGACGUCGGGUCAGCUCCUUAUCCUGGAGUCCAGCUUCCACAAAUGUGACACGCCGUCCGACGACGAGCUCACGCGCUUGCGGGCACAGACCAAACUGACACGUCGCGAGGUGGAUGCCUGGUUCAGCGACAGGCGCAAGGGGGGCAAGGGGGAAGCCGGAGAAACCGGAAAAGAAGCUGGUGAAGCCGAAGAAACCAUGCCCCCCGCUGGCCGGAGAGUUCUGAAGAAAACUCCGGCGCAGCUGGACAUUCUGAAGAAAGCUUUUGUGCGCUCGCGUUGGCCCACAGCCCAAGAGUAUGACAAGAUGGCGCAGGACUGUGGCCUGCCUCGUAACUACGUGGUCAACUGGUUCGGGGACACACGCUACGCUGCCAAGAACAGCAACCUCAAGUGGUUUGACCACUACCACGGCGGCAAGGUGGACGAGGCCUCGCCGGAUGGAACCGCAAGGACGCCGAGGAAGUCCAGGAAGCGUUUCCGAGGUUGGUCCAGGAGGACACGACGGCCAUACGCUGGAAAACAGGACGUACAGACGCCCGGCAAGGGCAAAAGCGGCAAGGCCUUCCUAAGAGCCUACUUCCUCCAGCGGCCAGUUGUGAGCGAGGAGCACCUGAACGAUUUGGCGGCCAAGUCGGACAUGAGCGAGCAACAAAUCCGCCAGUGGUUCUCUGAGGUUGGACGUCGGGCGGCGGAGGGGAAGGACCCCUUCGACGACCGCCAACAACAAGGGCAGGAAGCCCGAGAGCGAGCGGCCGACGAAGGUGACCACCAGCGGCGCGAAGACGUGAUCCAGGAAGAGUCUCCUGGCCCAAACCAAUCCGAGUGUCAAACGUGAGCGCAGACUCGCUCGGUGCGGCGGGACACUUGGUGGCAGCCACCUGACGUCCGUCCGGGCUUCUUCUCCAGCUUUUCUCAAGGCCGGAUCCAGCCAAGUGCUGAAGUCGGAAAGGUUGCUUUGGUGUCAGGGUUUUUGUAAACAGUAAAUAUUUGGCCUGGCUCUUUGCCCAAAAAAAACCAUUCACUCCCGUUGCAAGCACUCUUGGAUGGUUUCGCACCAUCCAAGUUACUAUCACCAUCGGGUGACAGAACAUUUGACGGCAAGACAAGAUGAGGACACCGACAAUUGCCAGAGUAGUCGCCAACGUGGGAAAGCACUUGCUUGUCCUUGUUGGGCUUUUUUGUGCUUGCCUUCAUCUGCUCAAAUUUGCAAUGGGUUCUCUUUUUACCUGCGAGGCCACGUUCCUGCGUCAGGAAUUGUCGGAACGGGAGCGGCAUGACCAUCUCACAGGACUGUCAAGAGAAAAAUAGAAAUAUCACGAUGAGGGUAAUACAGAUGGCUGUCUGUCAAAUGCAACAAAAAGCACUUGACAGAAGUCCGACGCCAGAUUGUCGUCAUCUUUUUCUGCACGCUGAAGCUAUUAUCAGCACAAUAUUCGACUCGUUGGCUUUGGCCGCUCCCCGGGUUGUUUUCAAAGAUAACUGAAAAGCUACUCAGUCGUC